CCCCGGUGACGGAAGUGACGCAAGGCGGAGGCUGGAGGGCCGCGCGGGGCCCGGCCCGCAGUAGCUCUGGGUUGGAGCCGGCGUCCGUCGGUAGCAGCAUGGCUCUCCUCUUUCUUCUGAUCCUUGUCAUGCAGAGUGUGAGCAGGGCUGAGAUGGUCACCGCGGAUCUGGGGCAGUCCUCAGUGCCUAUACCAACUAAUGUUACAAUUGAGUCCUAUAACAUGAACACCAUCGUAUAUUGGGAGUACCAGAGCAUGCCACAGGUCUCUGUUUUUACUGUAGAGGUAAAGAACUAUGGUGUUAAGAAUGCAGAAUGGAUUGAUGCCUGCAUCAAUAUUUCUCAUCAUUAUUGUAAUAUUUCUGAUCAUGUUGGUGAUCCAUCAAAUUCUCUUUGGGUCAGAGUUAAAGCCAGGGUUGGACAAAAAGAAUCUGCCUAUGCAGAGUCAAAAGAAUUUGCUGUGUGCCGAGAUGGAAAAAUUGGACCACCUAAACUGGAUAUCAGAAAGGAGGAGAAGCAAAUCAUGAUUGACGUAUUUCACCCUUCAGUUUUUGUAAAUGGAGAAGAGCAGGAAGUCGAUUAUGAUCCAGAAACUACCUGUUACAUUAAGGUGUACAAUGUGUAUGUGAGAAUGAAUGGAAGUGAGAUCCAGUAUAAAAUACUCACGCAGAAGGAAGAUGAUUGCGACGAGAUUCAGUGCCAGUUAGCGAUUCCAGUGUCCUCACUGAAUUCUCAGUACUGUGUUUCAGCAGAAGGAGUCUUACAUGUAUGGGGUGUUACAACUGAAAAGUCAAAAGAAGUUUGUAUUACCAUUUUCAAUAGCAACAUAAAAGGUUCUCUUUGGAUUCCAGUUGUUGCUGCUUUACUACUCUUUCUAGUACUUAGCCUGGUAUUGAUCUGUUUUUAUAUUAAGAAGAUUAAUCCAUUGAAGGAAAAAAGCAUAAUAUUACCCAAGUCCUUGAUCUCUGUGGUCAGAAGUGCUACUUUAGAGACAAAACCUGAAUCAAAAUAUGUAUCACUCAUCACAUCAUACCAGCCAUUUUCCUUAGAAAAGGAGGUGGUCUGUGAAGAGCCGUUGUCUCCAGCAACAGUUCCAGGCAUGCAUACUGAAGACAAUCCAGGAAAAGGAGAGCAUACAGAAGAACUUUCUAGUAUAACAGAAGUGGUGACUACUGAAGAAAACAUUCCUGACAUGGCCCCGGGCAGCCAUCUGACUCCAAUAGAGAGAGAGAGUUCUUCACCUUUCAGUAGUAACCAGUCUGAACCCUGCAGCGUCGCUUUAAACUCCUAUCACUCCAGAAAUUGUUCUGAUAGUGAUCACUCCAGAAAUGGUUUUGAUACUGAUUCCAGCUGUCUGGAAUCACAUAACUCCUUAUCUGAUUCAGAAUUUCCCCCAAAUAAUAAAGGUGAAAUAAAAACAGAAGGACAAGAGCUCAUAACAGUAAUAAAAGCCCCCACCUCCUUUGGUUAUGAUAAACCGCACGUGCUAGUGGAUCUACUUGUGGAUGAUGGCCGUAAAGAGUCCUUGAUUGGUUACAGACCAACAGAAGGUUCCAAAGAAUUUUCAUGAGAUCAGCUAAGAUGCACCAACUUUGAAGUCUCAUUUUCCUGGACAGUUUUCUGCUUUAAUUUCAUGAAAAGAUUAUGAUCUCAGAAACUGUAUCUUAGUUGGUAUCAACCAAAUGGAGUGACUUAGUGUAGAUAAAAGUGUAAAGAGGAUGUGUGGCAUUUUCAAUUUUGGCCUGAAAACUACAAAGACUUUUUUUUUUUUAAACAAAAAAAAGUAAUUUAUGACCCUUUACAUCCAGAUAGGUUAGCAGUAACAAGGAACAGUAUCCAGUACUCCUUGUUCCUAGGUGAGCAGGUGAUGCCCCAGGGACCUUUGUAGCCACUUCACUUUUUUUCUUUUCUCUGCCUUGAUAUAGCAUAUGUUUUUGUAAGUUUUAUGCAUACAGUAAUUUUAAGUGGUUAAUUUCAGAAGAAAUUCUGUAAGCUUUUCAAAAUUGGACUUAAAAUCUAAUUCAAACUAAUAGAAUUAAUGGAAUAUGUAAAUAGAAACAUGUAUAUAUUUUUUAUGAAACAUUACAGUUAGAGAUUUUUAAAUAAAGAAUUUUAAAACUC